GUUACGGGUAAACGUCGUUUUUAUCGAUUUUUUUUACACUUUAGUUUGUUAAGUAAUUCAAUAAAAAAAUAAAACAAUGUUUACCUAAUUUUUUAAUACAUUUUUGUUUUACUCCUUAAGUCCAAGCAUAUCUUUUAUGAAAUGUUAAUAAUCGGUUUUGUGAAUUUACGUCAUGUCGCAGACCCUUCGCAUACGCGCAUACAUUUUCAAUAAAACGUAAUAAUUUAAAUAAUAACAUAAUAUGUGUAGAAUUUUUAUUAACAACGUUACAAUACAAUAAAAGUUCAUUACAAAAUAUGUUUUUGUUAAAAAUAUGUAAAAAAAAAAAAGUGAAACUCCACUAAAAAAAAUAGUUUAACAACACUACUUUUUUAUUUUGAUGUACGUAUGUAAUAUCAUACAUACAUACGUUCAUGUUCAGCACGGUUUGAACUCAAGUUUACAAUAAACAUUAACUUUUGAUUUAGUCGAGUAAGCAAUUUAGUCAAACGGAAAGGAAAUCUGCUCUAUUUAAGUAAUCUCAGCCCAAAAAGAAUUACAUAUCAACUAAUUGUGUGGGUAAAUAUAUCUUCUGAAGUAGUAUUGAGGUCGCUGUGUGACGAACAAGAUGGCUUCUAAUUCUUCGAAGAAAAGCAAAUCUUCCGGUAUGCGUAUUCUGUGGAUACCGGGGCGUAAGCCCCACUCCAAGGGUCGCUAUAACGCUACUAGCAAGAACAUCUCGUAUAUGGGGCAGCAAAAAAAAAGCGAGGUGUGGUCUUUGGGAGGCAGCAAAGCACAGUCCGAACUAAUUAACUUGCCAACUUCUGAUGACUCCAACAACAUACCAACUUCAUCGCUUAGUAUUGUGGCCUCUUGCUCACUAGUACAGAGCGCCAACGGCUCAUCCGACGAUAUAGCUGUUUUAUCCGAGACUGCCACCUUACCUAUCACACCGCUUAGUUCUGACUUACCAAGCCUGAAUAGUCCCUUUUCGGACAUAGCGCCCUCCACUUCGUCGUCUAGGGCCAUGGCAUCUCCGAAUGUCAUUACAACAGUUCAGAUCCAGCAUUUGCAAAACUUUCUUAGUCCUGAUGACUUGCCAACGGUUCCAGCUACGCUCCCAGCAACUGCCGAAACAGAUGCGGGCCUAAACAGUUCUACAGGAACUACAGCCUCGGUGGCCACAACCUCAUCGCCAUUAGCUAAUCAUAAACUAGAAGCUCCACUUACAUCUCUUUCCCCACAGACCUCUCCCCAGAAGAAUAAAUAUAAGAAUCAUAACAACAACCAGGAGGACAUUAAUUCCAUAGAGAGCCUAUCAAGUUUACCCAGAUUUCAAUGUAGCACCGAUUUUGAUUGGAUUGAUGAAAUGGUGCAUCAACGCAACUGUAACGAGCUGAUGCACAAAAAUAAGCGCAAAAAAUCGAAGAAGGUUCUGCAGAGCUCGGAUGCAGAUCAAUUGGAUGGAAAAAUAUGUGACUACGAUGACCCUAAGAGGAAGCUAAAUGAAAAAAAAGAUGACAAUGGAGACGAGAAGGUUGUUAAAUGUUUAUACUACUCUCUUAUGUGCUGCGACUGUACUAUAUCGUAAUAAGCUUCUUUACUGAAUAUGUAUCUAUGUAAAAUACUCCUCAGUUAAAUAUGUAUAUCUUAAUUUUGUAAAACGUAGCAUAAUUACUGCAGAAUGAAAUACAGUACAGAAGUAUUUCGACAGAAGACAAAAGUAUUAACGAACGAUUAACAAACAUUAACAUUCGAAUAUUAAUAAAAGCAAAAAAGAUUUGAUAAAGAUGAAA